AGAAACCGAAUCAAUCUUGCUAAACUAUGGGCUGGGCUUCUUAAUAGGCCGUAGCUUAAAGGCGUUUUGGCUGGAGACACUUUCGUUGAAGAAACGAUGAUGCUCAUUGAAGUUUUCCUAAUUUCUCCAUCUUCUACUUCUGCAAUCUGAAGAAAAAUCAAAUGAAGAAGUUAGCGAGAAAAUGGCGGAGAACUCGUCGUGACGAAGAUGAUGAUAAGUUCGUCCUUCCUACUUCUGAAGACGUCGAUUCUCGGCCUAUUGAUACGCAAGAGCAGGAGGAGUACGUUCGGUAUCUUGAGGAAGCUCAUGCUCAGCAAAGUCUUCAAUGGAGGAGCGUGUUUGUGGUUCUUCUGAUCUGCUUUGGAGCUUUCCUCUUCUACUCCAUUUUCCAGCAGUUCAUGUCACCAUGGGAACUGCGGUAUCAUGCCUACUUUAUGGAAGAUCUCAAGUCAUGGAUGGUCAUUUCAGCUGAGUGGAUCGCUAUCAUGGCUUGCUCCCUCUCCAUUGUCGGGCUACGAGAUAAGAAGAAUGAUCAUAGACGAUGGUUCUGGUACUCUUGUGUUGUUGGAUCUGCAUUGACCAUCUUUUGGCUUUAUUACUUGCUGAGGCUUCCGAAAUUCCGGUGGGAUGCUAUCUGGCUUCCGUUUGGGCCGCUUUGUGGAGCUGGAAUUUGUCUAUACGUGGACCAUCUUCUAGAGGAGUCAUCUGAGGAAGUGAAAAAACUGAGGAACUAUAUGUAUGCAUAUAAAGCACGGUAGAGAGAUAAUAGCUACUUUCAAACCUCGUCAGAGUGAAUUUGUGAUAGCAAGAGUGCAAGUUUUGACUCUAUUAUCCCCUAAAGAACAUUCUUCUGUUGUUGUAAAUAGAUACGAAACUCUGAAGUUCGUUUUGUUUAAAAACUCAUGAUUGACUCGAACUAGAUUCCAGUUCAUACAUGUAAUACUCUUGAUUUAUUCAAGCAAUUCACUUGAGAGAGGUGCAUAAACUUAUUCAUAGCUGCAGAUAUUAUCAUGAUCGAACCAGAUGCUCAAACUUUACCGAAACAAGUGUAAGGAUUGUUGAAGACUACUUACGACACAAGACUGAGAUUCUGUCUCAAUCGCAUACUAUGAUUCAAGGCUUAAGGAUUCAAGAAGAUAAAUGUUCUCUCCAAUAAAGAUUCGAAAAACAAAACUCGAAAAAUCUGAUCAAAUGUUGUUGUUACUAUAAGAUAGUUUAAUCCUCUUCUUCAAUGAUCUUAGUGCCGAGGCCAGAGAGUCCUUCAGCAGGGAUUUCAGCAACAGUGACA